AUGCCCAAAAACCUUAAUCUCUGCUUCACAGAGAUCAAAUCUUUGUCAUCUUCUCAACCAUCUCUCCAACGACUCACCUUGGACUGCGCCGCCGCCUCCUCCUCCUUUGACCACCACUCUUUAUCAGAUUCUGAAGCCGACGCCAACACUACACCGGACUUUGCCACCGCCUUCGCCUCCCAACGCUUCUUCUUCUCAUCCCCCGGCCGCUCCAACUCUAUCAUCGACUCAUCAUCUGUGUCUUCAUCACUAGCAUCCACCUCAUCGUGCUCGCCGGAGAAUCUCACAAAUCCCGACACCCUCGUAGCCGGAAGCAUUGCCAUUUCGACGUAUUCGCCGGACCCCUUCAUGGAUUUUCGGCGAUCCAUGCAAGAAAUGGUGGAGGCACGUGACCUCGUCGACGUGAGAGCCAACUGGGAUUAUUUGCAUGAGCUUCUUAUGUGCUAUCUUUCGUUGAACCCUGAAAGCACCCACAAAUUCAUCGUCGGAGCAUUCGCCGAUGUAGUUAUCAGCCUAAUGGCAUUGCCGGCGAACAGCCGGAAAUCAUAG